AUUUGGCAGAAUUAAUUGAAAAAAUUGUGUUGCGCCUCUUUGAAACACCAUCCGAACAUUAUUUCAGCAGCAGAGAAUAUGAAGCUGACGAAAAUACGGAGAUUAAAAACCUUACAGCAGUUCAGCAGCUUGGCAUUAAAAUGGCAGUCGGCUACGGUAAGCAUUUGAAUUUGCUGAAAGAAAAUGCAGAAAACGAUCUAUAUCAAGUACUAAUAUACUGUGAGAAAUAUUUGAAACAACAGGAAGUACUUUUAAGGACAUCAUUACGUAAUCAGGGUGGAUACGCAUGCUAUGACUGGUUUGUAUCUUCUGUGUUUCUAAUAAUGAUGGGAGAUCGAGAGAAGACAUUAACAUUUUUCCACCAGUUCUCCUAUCUUCUUGUUUCAGCCUUUCUUUGGGUACCACGGCUGCAUAAUUCUAUACACCUGCCAGUAGACACAGCAGUGUCUGGCAUCCAUCCAGUCUACUUUUGCAGUGCUCACUACGUUGAGAUGUUGCUGAAAGCUGAGUUGCCACUUGUUUCUUCUGCUUUCCAUAUGUCUGGAUUUACAUCAUCACAGAUCUGUCAGCAGUGGAUAACACAAUGUUUCUGGAAUUACAUGGACUGGAGAGAGAUUUGUCAUUACAUUGCCAUUUGUAUUUUCCUUGGCCCAGAUUACCAGAUAUAUAUGUGUAUAUCUGUGUUCAAACAUCUACAGCAAGAAAUCCUUCAGCAUACGCAGGCUCAGGAUCUUCAAGUUUUUCUUAAAGAAGAAGCACUCCAUGGAUUUCAAGUAAAUGAUUAUGUUGAAUAUAUGGAAAGCCUGGCUCAAACCUACAGACCAGUUCUAUUAAGAGACAUGAGGAAUAUUGGAAUGCCAAGCACAUAGAUCAAGCAGAUGAGCACAUCAUUUCAAAUUUUGGUUGUGUACUUUAAGGAAAAAUGAUUGUUUUAUUUCCUUCUCCAUAAAAAAUGCAUUCAUUCUAACUGUCCAUGCAGCCAAAUCAAUAAGGUUUUUCAGCAUUCCAUUUUCACAAGACAACAUCCUCUAAAUUGGAUCAUCUGAAAAAUAAUGUGUUUUUCUGGCCAGGUGUUAGAGUUUGUUUACAGUUGGUUUCAGAAACUAGCCUUGAAUUACAUAAAUGUUCUGCUUAUAUUUUUCAGGAAGCAGUUUCUAUACUAUUAAACUUUGCUUCCUAACAUUUCUAAAUUGUGUAAAGGUUAGAUAGUAAGGAACCGUCUAAACACUGCAUGCUGCAAAAAUAAUCUUGGGAGGUCAAAAAAAUAAAAUGUCAUAGUUACAGGUCCUGAGUGCUCAGUUUGAAGUAGAAUGAAAGGUUUGUUAUUGUUUUUUGCUGUAAAUAUUUUUAAAUAGUACAUACUAAAACAUAAUAAUACUACUAUUAAAUAGUACAUACUAAAGCUUUAAGUUGCAGAAGAGAGUAAAUUAACACUUCAAUAGAUCUGUUAAUAAACUGUAGAUUUUGUUUCCUUUUUUGUUGAAACUGAAUGUAAAGAAAUAAAUC